AUAUCAAUUAGCCUACAUUUUGUUAUUUCAUUGUUUUGAAUUUUGUAAAAAAUUGAUUUUAACUUAUAUAAUAGUGUAUAAUAUUUAUAUACUUGUUAGAGUAGCAAUAAAUAAUUAAUUAUUUCAUAAUUAUAUUAUAAUUUAAUAAAAAUGGCGGCAAAAAAUGCCGAAGAAGUGGAUUCGAUGGAUGAAAUCAAUUCAAUAUUAAAUGAUUUCAAUGAAUUAAAUGAAGAAGUGAUUGAAUUUAAAGGAACCGAUCGUAAUAUGAAAUACCGAUUUUUGGACGAAAUGUUAAGCAAUUGUAUGACUAGACUGUUGACUAUCGAUAAAGACGGCAACGAAACGGUCCGUAAGCUAUGCGAGGAUACUGUUGUCGCCAUUCAGAAGUGUAUGGAUUUGUUGGACAAGAAGUUAGUCGACAAUAAUGAGACAAAACUAAGUAAUACUGAAAUCAAUGACAAAUGGAUAGCCCAGAUGUCGGCUACGGAAUCAAUUGAUGUGAACAUAGAGAAACAAAACAAUAACAAUAAUAAAUCAAUAAACGAAAAGAAAAAUCAGCCACAGAUAACACUAUUAUUAUUGGGUGAGACCGGUGUCGGCAAAUCAACAUUUAUUAAUGCAUUUGUCAAUUAUAUGAUAUUUGACAAAAUGAAUGAUGCGAUUAAUAAAUUGAUUUGUUUGAUACCAACAAAGUUCACACUAACCGAUCCGGAAACUGAUUUGGAUAAGGAGUGUACGUUUGGUACACCAAAUGAUUCAGAAAAUACUAAGAAAACCAGUGAAUCUGCGACACAAUACCCCCGAUGUUAUACAUUUGAUUUUGGCGACUAUCGGCUCAAUAUUAUCGAUACGCCCGGUAUAUGCGAUACUGACGGUCUGGAUAAAGACAAACGAAAUAUACAGAAUAUUUUGAAUUUUAUAUCAAAUUAUAAUACUAUUAAUGCUAUUUGUUUGCUAUUAAAGCCAAAUCAGUCGAGAGGUACCACUCAGUUCAUGUAUACUAUAAACGAGUUAUUGUCUCAUUUGAACAAAUCGGCCGCCGAUAACAUAAUGUUUGUCUUCACCAAUGCUCGGAGCACUUUCUACGCACCGGGAGAUACUAUGGUACCGCUGAAGGCUGCACUGGAAAAGAUCAAACUGAGUCCGCCAUAUGUUAGGAUCAAGUUUGACAAAACCAAUAGAUUUUGUUUCGAUAACGAAUCGUUCCGUUAUUUAGUAGCCGUCAGUCAACCAAAUAAUGUUAUGUUUGAUGAAGAUAUUCAAAAAUUAUAUGGAAAUAGUUGGGAAAGAUCAGUUAAUGAAUGUUUACGAAUGAUGACAUAUAUUACUGAUGUAAAGCCACACAAUGUUAAGGAUACUCUAAGCGUCAAUGAAGCCAAACGUACCAUCAAAUUGUUGACACAACCGUUGGCUGAUAUCAGCAAAAAUAUUGCCGACAAUAUCAACGAAUGCGAAAUACGAAAGAAAAAAAUGGAAGAAUUUGAUGGCAAUAUUGAAGAACUAAAACGCGAACUCUUUAUACCAGUUGUCGAGAUUGAGUCGACACCGUUAGACUAUCCGAUGACUGUUUGCGAAGAUAGGAAUUGUGUUGAGAUUGUGGUGAUUGACGGCCAGACAUUCAAACAUUAUCGGCAAUUAUGUCACGAACAUUGCAACCUAAGAUUUGACGACGGAAAUGUUGUCGGAAAUGUCGGUAUAUUAGGCUGUAUUGCAUUCAAUGAUAAUUUCAAAAAAUAUGAUAAUUGUCUACACUGUGGACACAGCUAUAAAACACACUUACAUGUCAGAUACGAGACCAGAAAAGUCGACUCAGAGCGCAGAGAUGAGUUCAAAUAUAGCCUAAUUACUGAUAAACAGCAGGCAUUGAUAGCACAAAAGGAAAUUGUAGCAAAAUUGGCGGACAGACAAAUUGAAUUUGAAAAUGAAAGCAAAGUUAUUAAUGAAUGUAUGGCAGAAUUUGCCGCUUUUCUUAAACACAACGCAUUGACCCCAUUUAACGACGCUUUCGAGGAUUACGUCAAACAUCUGAUUAAAGUCGAAGAAUACAAUGUGUCACUCGUUCCGGAAGAAAGUAAACAAUCGGUGGAACAAUUGGAACAAAUGCUAAAACAAUAUCAACACGAAAAGUGUGUUAUUUUGGAUUCAAUGAAAAAGGGAGACAAGUAUUCAGCCGUUACUUUGGAUGACAUUAACAAUUCAGUGAAUAAAUUGUAUGAAUUGCCUAUUUAUGGCCAAAAGAUACAGCAGUUAAUGAAUAUGCAAUUAAUGAUUGGCCACAAAGUAUACAGUAAUUUUCAACAACAUGUCAUUGAAGUGCCGGUCAACACAAAUAAGAGUAUUGUUAAAAGUGUUCAAAAUGUGGCCAAUAAAGUUACCAAAAGUGGUAAAAUUGUUUAUAAAACUUUCAAACAAUUUUUCUUAUAAAAUUAUAAAUAUUACCAAUUUUAUUCACACACACACACACA